AAGGCGUUUCUGAUAUAAUACUAAUAUUGCUGUUUUUAUUUACUUAAUUUGAUAGAAGAAAUAUUUUUAAAGGUAGAAUAUGACGAGAUAGUUCGUAGGAAUAUAUUUAAAUUAGUAUACCAUGUAUACUUUAUUGUCCUAUCCUUCCUGAAAUAUAACCAUAAACGUAACAGUAUGUGAAUAAGGUAUAUUUAUUUAUAUUCAUUGAGCACUGGUUCUGCAACAGUGCCAUCUCUCAAUGCUUCUUUCUAAAUUUUUUGAAAGACCUACCCGAACGAUUUUUUUAAAAAUGGAAUGCAUUACCAAGACGAAUUAUUCUGGAAACGCCAUUACAUUCAAGAGAUACAGGGGACGGACAUUCCAUCCAGAUACACCUGGUAAUGUCGGUGAACAUUUGGAUGACAUAACCUCUCUGCCAAGUAGGCCAGAGGAUGUCUUGCUGUGCACAUUUGCAAAAUCUGGCACACACUGGGUUUUCAACAUGGCCAAAAUGAUACAAACCAAGAGCCUUCAAUACUCUGGCACGCCAAAGAUGCUGGAUUAUCUGGAUAUUGGUACAUUUAAUAAGAUGGCCUCUCCUAGGCUGUUCCAUACACAUAUGACCUAUCCAUUUAUACCUAAGGCGGCAGCAGAGGGCAAAAUGAAGGUGAUCUACGUUCUGCGGAACCCAAAAGAUGUUGCUUGCUCGUACUACAAGUUUUUGUGUAACGUAAAAACAAAAGAAUAUGAUGGAAGCUUUGAUGGAUUUCUUCAGCACUUCCUUAGUGAAGAAUUCAUAGGAUCUGGAGGGUCGUGGUUUACUCACACUAGGGAAUGGAACACUGCGAUGCUGACGAAUCCAGAUUUAAAAAUACUGUGUCUCCGAUAUGAGAAUUUGAAAAAGGACAUAUAUCAGAAUAUUGUGCGAAUAGCCGAGUUUAUGGAAGUUGACCACGAGGUUUCAUUUUUGAAGAAGGUGGAAGAGGCCGUAUCAUUUGAACACUUGAAGAAUGAACAUGCAACAGUUCUCGGUGAACGUGAAUUAUGGAAGCAUAAAGGUGAUAAUGGAAGACUUCCAAUUUACAGGAAAGGUAUCAUCGGUGACUGGAAGAACAUGUUCACAGUGACACAGAAUGAACAGUUUGAUGCUGUCUAUAAAGAAAAGAUGACUGAUGUGGGUGUCAACAUUGAGUUUGAUUACGAGUGAUGUAUUUAUAACGACGUUUAAAAUCUGAGAAGUAAACCUAUACAUAUACUUAAACGGCUGAUGUGUCAUCCAUGUGCCUUUAUCUAAGAUGAAGAUGUAGAGUUAAAGGUGCAUUUUACACAGAUAACGAAUUAUUCAGGAACUAAAACGCAAUUUUCAGAUGAAAAAAAUCCUCAUGUAAUUAUGAUUUUAAUGGUAACUACAAAAAGGUUUGUGACACGACGUACUCAUUUUUCUUUUGUCUCCGCAAUUUUUUCGUGGAAGUGUGUAAAUACUGACAAGAUAAUCACAAUAACGAAAUGAUUAGUCUAAUUCGUUAAAAUAAGUGAAUAAAAAGAGUGAAAUUACAGGAGGAUCAUAAAGAUACUGUGAAAGGAAGAGGAUUAAUAAAGAAGUUUUUUAUCACAGCAACAUAGCCGUCUUCAAAGCGGUUCACAAUCUAUUUACCGUGGUUAUUGGGUCUAAAGCAACCAGUCUAUGGCUUUCUCAACUUACUGUGUAGCGUACAGCCGGAGCUGCCAUUUCGGUGCUAACAGCGUAUACAUGGAUUUCUUGCACUGCUACCCUACCACAUAAUCAUUUACAGCUGAGUCGACUGGAAUACAACGGGGUAAAGUAUCCAAGUUGUCCAAGGAUACAACACAAUGGCGCUGCUGGGACUCGUCAUACCACUAGACCACCGUGCCUCUGGCAUGCCAUAGCUGAGUACAGUGGAAGCUUUAAUUGAGAAUCUCACUCUUAUUUUAACACAAAAUUUAAGCUGUUGCGUUCGAUGUUGGACGACAAGAUGGAGAACCUAUAGUGUUCUCUGUAAUUUCUAGUUCAUGUAGUUGAUUUGAGGAUAUUAGUCGUUGAUUAUUUGUUAUCUUAACAAACAUUCAAUUACGAACCAACCAGUCUCCUUAUCAAAAAAAGAAAGUACCAAACUAGCUAUGAAAUAGGAUAACAUGAGAAUACCGACUUGUAUAUAAAACAAGAAGUCCAACUCAUUCCAUAACAGGAGUCAGUUAGUGUCAAAGUUUGGAUUUUUACAUUUAGAUCCGUAAUAAAAAAGGUUAGAAAGCUACUUGUUAUUCUGAAUAAAGAAAAACUGUCCAAUUUUA